UCUUGGCUGAUAAAAUCUAUAUAUCCAGCGUGUUCUUUUUCUUUUGGGAAAUUAAUACAAGCCCCAAAUACUGGCAAUCAAAUCAUUUCGAAAUAACAUAACUACAAUCAUUCACUCUCUUCAUCUGAGCUAAAAUGGGAAAUUCAAAACUAGUAUCGGGAAGCUCUAAUGAUCUCGAGCCCAUUGUCACCGAACUCAAAGCAUAUUCCGACGAUGGGAAUCAAUCAAAACUAGGGUUUUGGGAAUCUUUUCAGAGAAAAGAUGAAGAUGAAGUCAAAGUUAAAGACAUGAAAAUGGCACACUUAGCUGUCAUUGCUCUAAGUAGUGGUAUGGGAACUGGACUUUUGGUUGGCUCUGCCUCUAAGUUGAGGAGCGGUGGACCUUUGUCUUUGUUAAUCGCGUACGGUCUUGUUGGAGCGAUGUGUAUCUGUACGAUGAAUGCAGUUGGUGAGCUUACGGUUGCUUACACAGACUUGGAUGGUGGGUUCAAUGAAUGGUACAGAAAGUUCUUGGAUGAGUCUUUGGCUUUUGCCUUGGGAUGGAACUACUUGAUUUCGUGGCUCACAACAAUCUCUUUAGAGUUAGUGGUCGCUGCUUUAACUAUCGAAUACUGGAACACGAGUGUGGACUCUGAUGUUUUUGUCUUGAUUUUUUUCUUGGUCAUUUGCGGAAUCAACUUCUUUGGAGUCAAGGGUUAUGCAGAUGCAGAAUUUGUGAUGAACUCGAUUAAGUUGAUAGCAUUGACUGGUUUCGUCAUCAUGGGUCUUUGUGUUGACUUGGGUGCUAGUCCUGAUGGUUUCAUCGGCGGCACAUACUGGAGAGACCCAGGAUUUUUCACUAGUUUCAAAGGCUUAAUUUCUGUUUUUGCCACUGCUUCUUUUUCGAUGGGUGGAACUGAGUUUUUGGCGUUGUCUGUCAGUGAAGUACGUAACCCAAGAACUGCCUUGCCUGUUGCCAUCAGACUUGUGUUUGUGCGUAUUGUCUUUUUCUACAUGGGAUCUUUGCUUUUUGUUGGUCUUUUGGUUCCUUACGAUUCCGACCAACUCAUGGGAUCGGACAGCUCGUCCACCAGUGCCUCCCCAUACGUUUUGGCUGCCUCCUUACAUGGCGUGAAGGUCAUUCCCCACAUCAUGAAUGCUGUGAUCUUGAACUCGGUGACUUCAGUUGCCACUGCCGCAAUGUACUCGUCCUCCAGAUUGUUGAGAUCGUUGGCUGUGCAAGGCUUUGCGCCAAAAUGGUUUGACUAUGUUGACAAAGCUGGUCGUCCCCUUAGAGCAUGGUUAAUUACCGUCUUAGCGGCUGCUUUCGCAUUUAUCGCCACUUACAAAAAUCAGGAUGUUGUCUUCAACUGGUUGUUAUCUAUUGUUGCCUUGUCAAUUGUGAUUGUUUGGCCUUGUCUUUCCAUAUGUCACUUGAGAUGGAGAGCUGCUUUGAAACACAACAACAUACCUUUGGAAACUUUAGGUUUUGUUUCUUACACGGGCGAGAUCGGCUCUUAUUACUCCAUUCUCAUCAACGUGUUGAUUUUGAUCGGUCAAUUUUGGGUUGCGCUUUUCCCAGGAUCUGAUGCCGAUGUUGGGAAUUUCUUUCAAAACUAUCUUACAGUUCCAUUCUUCCUUGUCUGCUACAUUGGACAUAAGCUUUACAGCAAGAGCUGGAACAAGCUUUACAUAAAGACGGCUGAUAUUGACAUCUUCACUGGCAGAACCAUUGUUGAUGCUGAAGUUUUACAAUUAGAUCGCGAAGAAAAGCAGCAAAAAGUUAAUGUUGCCAAGUGGUGGAGCAAGCCAUUCAUUUGGUUUUUCAAUUAGGCUUACAUACAUGUCAAUCGAAUGAAUAUCAGGAUUUUUUCUCUUGUUCC